AUGUGUGGAGAGCUGGACGUUACCUCAGUGAUGAAGGGUUUAGUCAUGAUUCUGAUUCUGUCUGUUACUGUAGACGCACAAGGUUUUACUUCAUCAUGUGAACCAAUAGUAAAGCUUCGGAAAAACACUUUAUACAGAACGUCCAGUAAACGCUUGUUAAAUAUUUCCUGCCCUGUGGUGUUCUGUAAAGAGAUACCAGUAAUUAAAUGGACUAAAAUUGAUGAGACGAACAAGAUGGUACCAGUCGAGCCAACAAAUCAAAUAAUCACACAGGAAGAAUUUAAGAUAGGAUUCAAUCAUGUCAUUGCAUAUCUGAUCUUUAAGAACAUAUCAGCAGAUGAUGAUGGACUCUACAGAUGUGGGAUUUCUGUAUCAAACUUUUCACUUGAAAGCCACAGCAUUAAUGUCACUGUUUCAGAUUCUUUCAUGGAUUCUGCGGAUGGAAUCACAGCUAGCUCCUUGGUCACUGCACCGAAACAUCAGCCGAGCUUUCCAGACCAUGCUUCCUACAUCUUCAUCUGUUUAGGGAUUCUCGGUCUGGUUGGCAUUGUGAUGUCAGUCUCGUUCCUGUUCAUAUUCGGCUGUUCAAGAAGAUCUAAGACCUGCAAGAAGAAAGUAAGGCACACAAAUGCACUGGCUGAUUCUACCUUACAGUGUGUGACAUCCUGUCAGACACCUCCAAGCUCCAACAUAUCAGAGUUUCACGAAUGUCCCAGCGCCCAGAAAAUGUCCAAACAGAGACUGACCAACCACAAUGCGUCCAUGGAUUUACUUCAGUCUGACCAGGACUCACUUUAUCCAGCAAAUAACAGGAACAGUGGCGGUUGUUCACAGCAGAUUGUGUACGCAACACUAGAACAUCUCACACCGAGAGAACCUUCUGCACUCCGCCAGCCAUCGAGAGAAGAUCUGACGGAGUAUGCUGCCAUCCGGAUAAGCUGAAUGAAUCUAGGAAUGGUUUAUGAACAUUUCUACAGUGUUUCCUGCUCCUGAAGUCUAACUGGAUGUGUUUUUGUCAAGGGUGUUGGAGCAUCGGGCUCCUUAAA